AUGUACUGCUUCGCUGGAGUCGCUUGCCUCGCCGACGUCUUCAUGGCGGCGAUCGAGAAGAUUACCUCCAGGAGGGUCCAGGUGCAGGACAGAUACACAGGCAAGAUCAGGACGGUGAACGUGUGGAACCCUACGGUGGCCAACCUGACGCUCAUGGCGUUGGGCUCCAGCGCCCCCGAGAUCCUGCUCAGCGUGAUCGAGCUGAUGUCCAACAACAUGCAGAGCGGCGAGCUCGGCCCCUCCACGAUCGUGGGCAGCGCGGCCUUCAACCUGCUGUGCAUAAUAGCCGUGUGCGUGUCCGCCAUCCCCUCAGGCGAGGUCAGGGCGAUCAAGGAGCUGCCCGUGUUCGCUAUCACGGCCACGUUUUCCGUGCUCGCGUACGCGUGGUUGCUGGUGAUCCUGCUGUGGAGGUCGCCGAACGUCGUUGAGUGGUGGGAAGGAGUGCGCUCGCGAGAACCUCCCUCCUACCCACCCUUCCCAGCUGUGCCCUCUCUCCCGUCCUUCCCCUUUCUUGCUUCCUCCCUCCCUCCUGCCUCCCCCCCUUCCAGUCCUUCCAUUCCUUCUCCUUAUAUGCAGCUUCUCCCUGUCGCACCCUGA